UCGUUAGAGCUUCAUUCUAAACCUUGUUUACAGCAGAACCCACUCUUUCUACGGCUAAACCUCUCUCUCUCUCUCUCACACACACACACACACACACACACAGAGACACACACACACACAUCAAAAGCAAUCAAAGCGGAGACUGGCUCAGCAAUGGCGAACCUAGAAGAUGAAGCGAAGCUCGAACGAUUCCUCCAGUGGUUACAGGUGAACAAAGUUGAACUACGGGGUUGUAAGAUCAAAUACUGUCAUUCCAACAAAGGGUUUGGUAUUUUCUCAGCUAGUGGAACUUCUGAUGGUGUUCUAUUAGUUGUUCCACUAGAUUUGGCAAUAACUCCUAUGAGAGUGUUGCAAGAUCCUCUUCUUGGACCAGAAUGUAGAGCAAUGUUUGAAGAGGGAGAAGUAGAUGACAGGUUCCUGAUGAUACUGUUCCUAACUGUGGAGCGCCUUCGUAAAAGUUCUUCAUGGAAGCCGUAUUUUGAUAUGCUUCCACUCACUUUCGGAAACCCACUUUGUUUUACUGAUGAUGAGCUGUUGGAGCUGAAGGGAACGACACUUUAUCGGGCCACUGAACUGCAGAAGAAAAGGCUGCAGUCUUUAUACGAUAAUCAAGUGAAGGGAUUGGUGAAGAAACUUUUAACACUUGAAGGGGAUUCAGAAAGUGAGGUGUCCUUUGAAGAUUUCCUUUGGGCAAAUUCCAUAUUUUGGACUCGUGCUUUGAACAUUCCUCUGCCACAUUCUUAUGUGUUUCCAAAAACUCAAGAAAGGGACAGUAACUUUGCUGUUAGCAAAGAUUCUGAAGAUUCCACUAAAUACAGUGGAGAUUUGUUCAUUGGAAAGGAUGAAAAAGGUUGUAGGGUUCAGGAUGUUAGUAGCCAAAUCAAUGGAGUGACGUCCGCAUCAAUACAAGGGGAGACUAUUUGGGUGGAAGGUCUUGUGCCUGGCAUUGACUUUUGCAACCAUGAUUUAAAGGCAGCAGCAACAUGGGAAGUUGAUGGAACAGGAUCAAUUACAGGAGUUCCUUUCUCCAUGUACCUUCUUUCUGCUCAACAAAGUCCCUUUGCGAUUGAGAGAGAGAUUUCCAUCAGCUAUGGUAACAAAGGAAAUGAGGAACUACUUUAUUUGUAUGGGUUUGUCAUUGAUAAUAAUCCAGAUGACUAUCUCAUGGUCCAUUAUCCCAUGGAGGCAAUCCAGAAUGUUCCCUUUUCUGACUCAAAGGUCCAGCUUCUUGAAGCACAGAAGGCUGAAUUGAGGUGUCUAUUACCUAGAACUUUGCUGGAUCAUGGCUUUUUUUCAGAAAGCACAGAAAAAAGUGAAAGAACUGAUAAGUGGGAGGGAAGAGUUUGCAAUUAUAGUUGGAGUGGUCAGCGCAAGUUGCCCUCUUACUUAAACAAGCUGGUUUUUCCGGAAAGUUUUUUAACUGGCUUGAGGACCAUAGCCUUGCUGGAGGAGCAGAUUUUUCUGGUUUCAUCAAUGCUGGAAGAGCUUGUUGGGCCUGAAGGGGAACGGCAACCAUCUGAUACAGAAGUCCAAGCAGCAGUAUGGGAGGCCUGUGGUGAUUCUGGAGCUUUGCAAUUGCUUGUUGAUCUUCUUCAGACAAAGAUGAUGGAUCUUGAAGAGAAUUCUGGAACAGAGGAAUGUGAUACUGAACUGCUAAAAGGAGUCCACACUACUGAAUGCCAGGAGCAACAAAUAAUUUACAAGGAAAGCUUGAGCCAAGAGAUAGAUGGCCAAAUGCAACAGAAGUUGAGUAGAAACAGGUUCUCCAGUAUUGUAUAUCGACGAGGGCAAAAGCAAUUGACCCGGUUAUUUCUGAAGGAAGCAGAGCAUGCCUUGCAAUUAGCUCUGAGGGAAGGAAACUGAAUGUUAUGAAGUUCUAUAGAUCAUGUCAGUACGGGAGUUACAUUGUUGGUAAAUCUAUUUUUAUAAAUAAGCAUCAGAAGUUGCUCUUCUUUUCCAUUUCUCUAUAAAACCCAGCCAUUUUUAUCAGAUUU